AUGGACCACGCUCCUGCAAAUGAGGAACACAUAGCCGCCGCAGCCCUGGGCCAGGGCGUGGGAUAUGGCAUUGUGUUGGGUCUGGGAGGCGCUUUUGCGCUUGGCAUGAUAGCGGUGACUUACAUCCUGCGCCGGUACAACCGGGAGCUCCAGACCUCCGAAAUGUUCAACACGGCCGGGCGCACCGUCAAAUCCGGCCUGGUCGCCUCAGCCGUCGUCUCGUCCUGGACAUGGGCGGCCACACUCCUGCAAAGCACCGGCGUGUGCUACAGAUAUGGCGUCUCCGGCCCCUUUUGGUACGCCUCGGGCGCCACGGUGCAGAUCCUGCUCUUCGCUACGCUGGCUAUUGAGCUCAAGAGACGCGCCCCGAAUGCACAUACUUAUCUGGAAAUCAUCAAGGCGCGAUACGGCACGUUUGCGCACAUUGUGUUCUUGGUCUUUGGGCUUGCGACGAAUAUCCUGGUGUCGCUCAUGUUGAUUGUGGGCGGCUCGGCUACGGUCAAUGCCUUGACGGGCAUGCAUACCAUCGCUGCGAUUUACCUUCUCCCUGUUGGUGUGGUCGCUUACACGCUCGUGGGCGGCCUCAAAGCCACCAUCUUGACCGACUGGGCGCACACCUUUAUCCUGCUGAUUGUCCUCAUCGUCUUUGCCCUGACGACGUAUGCGUCUCACGAGGUCUUGGGCUCGCCCAGUGCGGUGUAUGACCUGCUGGUGCAAGCUGCUGCUCGCCAUCCGGUUGAUGGCAACAAGGAUGGCAGUUACCUUACGAUGCAGUCUCGCGAGGGCGCCAUUUUCUUUGUCAUCAACAUUGUUGGCAACUUUGGCACCGUCUUCCUCGACAACGGCUACUACAACAAGGCCAUCGCUGCCUCGCCCGUCCACGCACUCCCCGGGUACAUUCUCGGCGGUCUCUCCUGGUUUGCCAUCCCGUGGCUGACUGCUACGACCAUGGGUCUCGCCGCCCUGGCGCUCGAGAACACGCCGUGGUUCCCUACGUAUCCCGACCGAAUGCUCGACUCGGACGUAAGCGCCGGCCUGGUUCUCCCGUAUGCCGCAGUCGCGUUGCUCGGAAAAGGCGGCGCCGUUGGGACCCUGUUAAUCGUCUUCAUGGCUGUCACGAGCGCCACGUCCAGUCAGUUGAUCGCCGUCAGCACGAUUAUUACGUACGAUCUUUACCGGUCGUAUUUUAACCCCGAGGCGAGCGGCAAGCGGUUGAUCUACAUGAGCCAUACCAUCGUCGUCGGCUAUGGCAUCUUCAUUGCCACGUUUUCCGUUGGGCUUUAUUACGCCGGCAUUUCCAUGGGGUAUCUGUAUUUGAUGAUGGGUGUUAUCAUUUCCUCCGCGGUGCUCCCGGCAACGCUCACUCUGAUCUGGGCUGGCCAAAACAAAUGGGCUGCCGCCCUCUCGCCAAUCCUCGGUCUCGCCUGCGCGCUCAUCGCCUGGCUGGUCACGGCCAAGCGGGAAUGCGGUGACCUGGGCGUGGCCUGCACGGGAUCCAACAACCCCAUGCUGGCAGGCAACGUUGCGGCAUUGCUCUCACCCAUAGUUCUGAUCGCCAUUUUUACCCUGAUCUUCGGCAUUGACAAGUAUGACUGGAAAUCGAUGAUGGACAUUCGCCGAGGCGACGAUCAUGACCUGGCUGAUGCCGCGGGGCUGGACCUUGAGGAGAUCCCCGGCGGCCACCACGAGUCGCGGGUCGAGUUUGAGGAGGAACAGAGGAAGCUGCAGAGGGCGAGCAAGAUUAGCAAGUCAGCUACUGUCGUUAUGACCCUCGCGUUCCUAAUCCUCUGGCCAAUGCCCAUGUACGGAUCGGGCUACAUCUUCAGCAAGCCCUUCUUCACCGGCUGGGUCACGGUGGGCAUCAUCUGGAUCUUCUGCUCUUUCAUUGGUGUCGGCUUGUUCCCAGUCUUUGAGAGCCGCAGGACACUGGCGAGAACGUGCAGGUCGAUUUAUCUGGAUCUUACGGGCAAGUCGCAUCCCAAGACGAUCCAGGCGCAGGAGGCUAUCAUGGCGGAGGGGAAGGAUACACCUGGGGAUGCCACGCCUCCGGAGACUGAGAAGGUGGCUAUGCCGGGGGAGAAGGGGGGUGUGUAG